AUGGUCAUGGCGGAUGGCCCGAGGCACUUGCAGCGCGGGCCGGUCCGGGUGGGGUUCUACGACAUCGAGGGCACGCUGGGCAAGGGCAACUUCGCCGUGGUGAAGCUGGGGCGGCACCGGAUCACCAAGACGGAGGUGGCGAUAAAAAUUAUAGAUAAAUCUCAGCUGGAUGCAGUGAACCUUGAGAAAAUCUACCGAGAAGUACAAAUAAUGAAAAUGCUAGACCAUCCUCACAUAAUCAAACUUUAUCAGGUAAUGGAGACCAAAAACAUGUUGUACCUUGUGACAGAAUAUGCCAAAAAUGGAGAAAUUUUUGACUACCUUGCUAAUCAUGGCCGGUUAAAUGAGUCUGAGGCCAGGCGCAAAUUCUGGCAAAUCCUGUCUGCUGUUGAUUAUUGUCAUGGUCGGAAGAUUGUACACCGUGACCUCAAGGCUGAAAAUCUCCUGCUGGAUAACAACAUGAAUAUCAAAAUAGCAGAUUUCGGUUUUGGAAAUUUCUUUAAAAGUGGUGAACUUCUGGCAACUUGGUGUGGCAGCCCCCCUUAUGCAGCCCCAGAAGUCUUUGAAGGGCAGCAGUAUGAAGGACCACAGCUGGAUAUUUGGAGCAUGGGAGUUGUUCUUUAUGUCCUUGUCUGUGGAGCGCUGCCUUUUGAUGGACCCACUCUUCCUAUUUUGAGGCAAAGGGUUUUGGAAGGAAGAUUCCGGAUUCCAUACUUCAUGUCAGAAGAUUGCGAGCACCUUAUUCGAAGGAUGUUGGUCCUAGACCCGUCCAAAAGGCUAACCAUAGCUCAAAUCAAGGAGCAUAAAUGGAUGGUCAUAGAAGUUCCUGUACAGAGACCUAUUCUCUAUCCACAAGGCCAAGAAAAUGAGCCAUCCAUUGGGGAGUUUAAUGAACAGGUUCUGCGACUGAUGCACAGCCUCGGAAUAGAUCAGCAGAAAACCAUUGAGUCUUUGCAGAACAAGAGCUACAAUCACUUCGCUGCCAUUUAUUACUUGUUGGUGGAGCGCCUGAAAUCACAUAGGAGCAGUUUUCCUGUGGAGCAGCGGCUCGAUGCCCGCCAGAGGCGGCCCAGCACCAUUGCUGAACAAACAGUUGCCAAGGCACAAACUGUGGGCUUCCCGGUGACCAUGCAUUCACCGAAUAUGCGACUGAUGAGAUCUACCCUCCUCCCACAGGCAUCCAAUGUGGAGGCCUUUUCAUUUCCAGCAUCCAGCUGUCAGGCAGAAGCAGCGUUUAUGGAAGAAGAAUGUGUUGAUACUCCAAAGGUCACUGGCUGUCUGCUGGACCCUGUGCCUCCUGUCCUGGCGAGGAAGGGGUGCCAGUCCCUGCCCAGCAGCAUGAUGGAGACCUCCAUCGAUGAAGGGCUGGAGACAGAGGGAGAGGCCGAGGAAGACCCCAGCCAGGCCUUCGACACGUUCCAGUCCACACGCGGUGGGCAGCGACGGCACACUCUGUCCGAAGUGACCAAUCAGCUGGUCAUGGUGCCGGGCUCAGGGAAAGUUUUCUCCAUGAGUGACAACCCUUCGCUUGACAGUGUGGACUCUGAGUAUGACAUGGGGUCUGUUCAGAGGGACCUGAACUUCCUGGAGGACAACCCUUCCCUUAAAGACAUCAUGUUAGCCAACCAGCCCUCACCUGGCAUGGCCUCUCCCUUCAUAAGCCUGAGGCCUGCCAACCCCGCCAUGCAGGCCCUGACCUCCCAGAGAAGAGAGGCCCACAACAGGUCGCCCGUGAGCUUCAGGGAGGGCCGCAGGGCCUCCGACACCUCCCUCACCCAAGGAAUUGUAGCAUUUAGACAGCAUCUUCAGAAUCUGGCUAGAACCAAAGGGAUCCUAGAGUUGAACAAAGUGCAGCUGCUGUAUGAACAGAUGGGGCCUGAGGUCGACCCCAGCCUGGCGUCAGCUGCUCCUCAGCUCCAGGACCUGGCCGGCAGCCGCCCUCAGGAGGAAGCUGCCCAGCAGCCGGAAGGCGUUCCUGCACUUGCCACGAGCGUGCACCCGCCGCUGUCCCCGCGGCAGAGCCUGGAGGCCCAGUACCUGCAGCACAGACUCCAGAAGCCCAGCCUUCUGUCGAAAGCCCCGAACACCUGCCAGCUGUAUUGUAAGGAGCCACCACGGAGCCUUGAACAGCAGCUGCAGGAACACAGACUCCAGCAGAAGCGGCUCUUCCUCCAGAAGCAGUCCCAGCUGCAGGCGUACUUCAACCAGAUGCAGAUAGCGGAGAGCUCCUACCCACAGCCUCACCAGGAGGCCCCAUCGCCGCCACCGCAGCCGCCACCCUUCAGCCUGGCGCAGCCCCUGAGCCCCGUCCUGGCGGCCUCUGAGCAGAUGCAGUACAGCCCCUUCCUGGGCCAGUACCCCGAGAUGCCGCUGCGGCCCCUGCCCUCCGCGCCCGGCCCUCAGGGGCACCUGCAGCAGCCGCCCCCGCCACCUCCGCCACCCCCGCCACCCCCGCAGCAGCCGGGGGCCGCCCCCGCCGCCUUACCCUUCUCCUACCAGACUUGCGAGCUGCCAGGCGCCGUCUCCCCUGAGCCAGACUACCCCGCUCCCGGCCAGUACCCCCUGGACGGAGCCCAGCAGGGCGGCGGGGCAGCGCCGGACUGUCCCCGGGGCUCAGGGCUGCCGGGCGACCCCUCCAGCUACGACCCACUCGCCCUCUCCGAGUUCCCCGGACUCUUCGACUGUGAGAUGCUGGAGGCCGUGGACCCGCAGCACAAUGGCUACGUCCUGGUGAAUUAG